UUGCAACAGCUGGAGGCACCCUGGUUGGGAAACACUGCUCCAGUAUUUGGCAGUCAGUACAUGAUGGGGGUUGUAGUUUGGGAACACCUGAAUGUUGGGGAUAACUGAUCGAGGUUCUUGUGCCCCAGGAUGCUGAAAAAAAUACAAAAACAUCCGGGAAAGAGUCCGACAGCAACAAUGUAACAAUAAAGAGGCCGAGUCAGGAAGAGAAACAAAAAGAUCCUCCCGGGCCUCAAGGGGUUAACGACUUCCGAAUCCUGACGAAACAACAGCGAACGGAAACGGCGCUCAGUGACUGGGAGACACGAGGAGUGGGCGGGGAUUCCUUCCAUAGCCACGCCCUGCUGUCGCUUUUACAGCCAAUCAGCGGCGAGAGGGUCUUCUUCCCGCCAAACUAUAAACCGCGCCAAAUCCGGAGCGCGGGAGUUGUUGUCCGCAGUUCAGCAGAGAGCGCAUCACACCGGGAGCCUUACCGGAGAAGCCGCACAGCGAUACCGAUCUAGACCGCAGCCGCCGCCGCCAUCAUGUGGAUCCAGGUGCGCACCAUGGACGGCCGGGACACUCACCGCAUUGACUCCCUGUCUAAGCUGACCAAGGUGGAGGAGCUGCGGGAGCGCAUCCAGGAGGUGUUCGGGGUCCAGCAGGACCGGCAGCGGCUCUUCUACCGGGGGAAGCAGAUGGAGGACGGGCACACGCUCUUCGAUUACAGCGUCGGCCUCAAUGACAUCGUGCAGCUGCUGGUGCGCCAGCUCCCCCCGGCCCCGGUCACCCCGGAGGACACCGACGAGGCCGCCAUGUCCGAGAAGGAGCCCGAGGAGCCGGAGCCCGAGGAGCCGCCCGCAGAACCCUCCGUCCUCGGGCUGUACACGGUGAAGGAGCUGGUGGACGCCCGGGACCUGCACAUGGGCGCCUGGUUCGAGGCGGAGGUGGUCAGCGUGAGCCGGGGGAGCACCGGCGAUGACGUCAUUUACCAUAUAAGGUAUGAGGACUAUCCUGAGAAUGGAGUGGUGCAGCUGACCGGGAAGGACGUGAGACCCCGGGCCAGGACCAAGCUAUCCUGGGGGGAGCUGAAGGCUGGACUGGUGGUCAUGCUCAACUACAACCCGGAUGAGCCCACAGAGAAGGGGUACUGGUACGACGCCGAGAUCCUGCGCAAGCGUGAGACCAGGACCGUCAAAGAACUCUACGCCAAAGUCUUAUUGGGCGAGGUCGGGGACUCCCUGGAUGACUGCAGGAUCAAGUUUGUGGAUGAGAUAUUCAAGAUCGAAGAACCAGGCACCUCCGCCCAGUCCUCCGAACCGCCACCCAAACGCCAAAAUGGUCCAGAAUGUAAACACUGCAGGGAUAACCCCAAGGUCAAGUGCCGCAUGUGCGCCUGCCACACCUGUGGGGGCAAACAGGACCCCGGGAAGCAGCUGUUGUGUGACGAAUGUGACAUGGCCUUCCAUAUGUACUGCCUCGACCCUCCUCUUACUUCCCUCCCCCAAGACGACGAAGACUGGUACUGCCCCGAAUGCAGGAUUGAUACCAGCGAGGUGGUGCUGGCUGGUGAAAAGCUUAAAGAGAGCAAAAAGAAAGCCAAGAUGGCGUCCGCCAACUCAUCGUGCCAGAGAGACUGGGGUAAAGGCAUGGCGUGUGUUGGGCGCUCUAGAGAAUGCACAAUUGUUCCGUCCAAUCACUACGGGCCCAUACCCGGUGUACCUGUUGGCACCAUGUGGAAGUUCAGGGUGCAGGUCAGCGAGGCGGGGGUGCACAGGCCUCAUGUGGCUGGCAUCCAUGGAAGAAGCAAUGAUGGCUCCUAUUCUCUGGUCCUGGCAGGGGGCUAUGAGGAUGAUGUAGAUAACGGGACUGAGUUUACAUACACAGGUAGUGGAGGUCGUGAUCUCUCAGGUAACAAGAGAACCGCAGAGCAGUCAUGUGACCAGAAACUCACCAACACAAACCGGGCCCUGGCCCUCAACUGCAAUGCCCCCAUCAACGACAAACAGGGGGCAGUUUCCAAGAACUGGAAGGCGGGUAAACCCGUGCGUGUGGUGCGCAAUUCAAAGGGGCGCAAACAUAGCAAAUACGCCCCAGAGGAUGGUAACCGCUACGAUGGUAUCUACAAGGUGGUGAAAUACUGGCCCGAAAAGGGCAAAUCCGGCUUCCUGGUUUGGCGCUAUCUGUUACAGAGAGAUGACGAAGAGCCGGCACCGUGGAGCAGGGAGGGCAAAGAGCGCAUUAAAAAACUGGGCCUCACCAUGCAGUACCCCGAGGGUUACUUAGAAUCCGUCGCCAACAAAGAGCGAGAGAAAGAGAACGCAGGCGGCAACAACAUGGAGGAAACCCCGAAAGGCAAGCGAAAGAGGAACUCUGAGAACAUCAAAGCCCUGACGCCUUCUAGUGGGACCCCCAAGAAGUCUAAAGUGGAACUCUACAAACUGACCCCAGAGCAGAAAGAACUGAUCAAGAAGGACAAGCCGAACGCUAAACUGUGGAGUGAAGUGAUGACCUACCUGAAGGCCGGACCCAAGUUCAUCAACAAGGUGGAGGAGACCUUCCUGUGUAUCUGCUGCCAGGAGGUGGUGUACGAGCCCAUCACCACGGAGUGCCUCCACAACAUCUGUAAGAGCUGCCUGGACCGCUCCUUCAAGGCCGCCGUCUACAACUGUCCGGCCUGCAGGCAUGACCUGGGCAAGAACUACAACAUGCAGGUGAACAAGCCGCUGCAGAGCCUCCUGGUCCAGCUCUUCCCUGGCUACGAGAGGGGGCGGUAGAGAGCUUCUCAAUGACUAUACAGAUUCCAGCCGGUGUCCUUCCUGUCGCCCCGUUGUCUACUGUAGAGCGGCAUAAUAAUCAUGGCUCGUCUUCCUUUUGCUUCCUUCAUCUUUGUCCAGACUCUCUGCUGUCUGUUCUACCUCUAUGUCUUAGCGCUUAUAUAUGUUCUCCUGUCAUGAUCUAUGCACACUGUGGCGGAUUUAUAUAGUUGACUGUACUUUUCCUUGCAGGACAUUUUUCAUUACUCACAUUUGCACUGAUUUUUACAAUUAAUUUUUAUUUUUAUUUUUUAUAUGAUGGGGUUACAUUUCCAUUAAAGGGGUACUCUGCUGGAAAACAUCCCCUAUUCCAGUGUUUUCCAACCAGGGAGCCUCCAACUGUUGCAAAACUACAACUCCCAACAUGCUGGGAGUUGUAGUUUUGCAGCAGCUGGAGGCACCCUGGUCAGGAAACACCACCCUAUAUGACUCAUCUCGGGGGGAUAAGAUGUUUUCUGGCGGAUUACCCCUAUAAAGGGUAUAUACAGUGUGCUAUAGCUUUGUAAUACACAGUUAUAUAUUUUAUCAACUGGUGCCAGAAAUGUGUAAAUUUACUUCUAUUUAAAAAUCUUAACCCUUCCAGUACUUAUCAGCUGCUGUAUGUUUCAGAGGAAGUUCUUUUCUUUUUUUUUAUUUUCUUUCUGUCUG